GGGUAGAGCCUAGGGAAGCUUAAGUGUCAAAGUCAAACAAACCUGGAUCGUUUGGAUCAGACGAUUGCAUUAUAGUCAUCACCAUCGUCAUCGUCAUCAUCAUCUGCCCAUCAGGAGCGUUUGGAUUAAACCCUGUAAAACAGAGCCUGUCGGUGGACUGUUUCAGGCUGUUCUCAGGAGUCAUGAACUCUCUCUCCGGUAAGAGUAUGCUGUCCCUGUGCAGGGUUUUCUCAGGUGCCCAGUCUGCUGCCCUCAUAGGGGCUGUGAGGGUCUGUCACUCAGGCGUGAGCACCAAGGGCUCUGCCUUCACCAAAAAGCGUGGCUAUGACAUUACCAGGAACCCACACUUAAACAAAGGCAUGGCGUUCACCCUGGAGGAGAGGUUACAGCUGGGUAUCCAUGGCCUGCUGCCUCCCUGUUUCCUCUCUCAGGAUGUGCAAGUGCUUCGUGUCAUGAAAAGUUACGAGACACGCAGUAACCCUCUUGACAAAUACAUAUUGCUGAUGACCCUGCAGGACAGAAAUGAAAAACUUUUCUAUCGUGUGUUGACCUCUGACAUUGAGGAAUUCAUGCCUAUCGUUUAUACUCCUACUGUGGGCCUGGCCUGCCAACAGUAUGGCCUUGCAUUCAGAAGACCAAGAGGACUGUUUAUCACUAUACAUGACAAAGGCCACAUCGCCACCAUGCUAAACUCAUGGUCGGAAGAGAACAUUAAGGCCAUAGUGGUGACAGAUGGAGAGAGAAUUCUGGGAUUAGGAGACCUGGGCAGUUAUGGAAUGGGCAUCCCAGUGGGCAAGCUGGCUCUGUACACAGCCUGUGGAGGAGUGCCACCCCAGCAGUGUCUGCCUGUACUGCUAGAUGUGGGCACUGAUAAUCAGACCCUUUUGGAUGACCCCUUGUACAUUGGCUUAAGGCACAAAAGAGUCCGGGGCAAAGAAUAUGAUGACCUCAUAGAUGAGUUCAUGCAAGCCAUCACUGACAAGUACGGGAUAAAUUGUCUCAUUCAGUUUGAAGAUUUUGCCAACAGCAAUGCCUUCCGCAUUCUCAAUAAGUACCGCAACCGUUUCUGCACUUUUAAUGAUGAUAUCCAAGGCACAGCUUCAGUUGCCGUUGCUGGGGUCUUUGGUGCUUUGAAGAUCACAAAGAAUAAACUCUCUGACCACAAGUUUGUAUUUCAGGGAGCAGGAGAGGCUGCCUUGGGCAUUGCUCACUUGCUGAUCAUGGCAAUGGCCAAGGAGGGUGUAUCUCAUGCUGAGGCCGUGAAGAGAAUAUGGAUGGUGGAUUCCAAAGGCCUAAUUGUGAAGGGCAGAGGUCAUGUGAACCAUGAGAAGGCGGAAUUUGCCCAUGAGCAUCCACACAUAAAGACUCUGGAAGAAGUAGUGGAAACCAUCAAGCCCACAGCUAUCAUUGGUGUGGCUGCGAUAGGAGGUGCUUUCACAGAAAAGAUAAUCAAGAACAUGGCCUCUUUCAAUGAACGGCCUAUCAUUUUUGCCCUCAGCAAUCCCACAAGCAAAGCUGAGUGCACAGCAGAGCAGUGCUACCAGCUCACUGAGGGAAGGGGCAUAUUUGCCAGCGGAAGCCCCUUUAAAAAGGUGACUUUGGCAGAUGGACGCACCUUCUACCCAGGCCAGGGAAACAAUGCCUAUGUUUUCCCUGGAGUGGCAUUGGGAGUCAUCGCCUGUGGUGUUCGCCAUAUCUCGGAUGAUAUUUUCCUUACCACAGCAGAGGCUAUAGCCGACAUGGUUACAGAGGAGCAUCUGGCUGAGGGUAGACUGUACCCCCCUCUGAACACCAUCAGAGAAGUGUCCUUCAAAAUUGCUGUUAAGAUUAUAGACUAUGCCUACAAGCAGGGCAUUGCCUCAUUUUACCCUGAACCCAAAGAUAAAGAGGCCUUUGUUUUGUCCAAAGUCUACAACUCUGACUACGACUCCUUUACCCUGGAUUCAUACAGCUGGCCCAAGGAAGCCAUGAAGCUUCAGAAUAUUUAGAAUAUAAAUCUAAUACCCUCUCCACCCUCUGUAAAGGGAUUUAUUCAAAUCAGUCAUAUGCCUUAUAUCUCAGUUCAUAAUCAUCUGAUGUUAAAAACCCUGCUCCAAACCAAACAGUCCUAAAACGGUAGCUGCACCAACUGGUUUCAGGCAGCAUGUCAACACGAGUUGCUCAUAUCCACUGAGGACUAAAAUGAUAAAAGAAUGCUUACAAGCUUACUAUGUCUUUGCCUCCAGUGACCACCAGAUAAGUGGCCCUAAUUAAAGGGGAAAAGCAUCUCUUUGUUUACAGCUGUUACAAACUCAGAUAUUUGUUAUCCUCCUAGUCUUUCAAUAGCAUUUCAGCAUUUCUAUUCACUUAUCCACUCCAUUUCUUAUGGCAACUGUCACUCCUGGAAAUGCAAAUAUCAGUUAUUUUUGGACUGCAACUGCCAAUAGGAAAAGACAGAAUGCCUGGUUUGAAUGAAAAGGAAUUUCCGUUACUUGGGUAAGGUAGUUAUCCAGUUGAUUGCAGUGUAAAUUAAGUGCUUUUGCUAUUUUUUUAUUUUUUUUACCUGUUGGGACAUAAGUUAUGCUAAAGUUUGUCUGGUUUUUAAUGUAUUGUUGUCAUGUUGCAAUAAGUACUGAACAUUGUUAGCUUGAGACGAUAACCACCUGAGAAGCAAGCUAUUUGUGUUCAUUGCAGCAUGUGGAAUUGUUUUUAUCGUUUCUCCUUAUUUAUCCAUAUGCUUUGCUUAUGCAUAACGCACAACUAUUGAAUUCAAUUUUUGGAUAUUCAGGGAGAUUUUGAAAGGAGAGUGACUUUUAAAUAAACUUUUUAAACAAAAAAUAUUUGUAGAGUUUGGAACACUUUGGACUGAGAGUUAUGGUGGUUAUGAAACCCCACAGUUGUGCACUACAACAUUUUGUUCUGGUUUUCUGUCAAACUGUUGACAACCACAAGAGCUCAUUUGGCUUCCUCUAGGCAAGCACAGUUGACCUAAAAUUUGUUAAAGCAUCAUAAAUUUGAUUCUGGACAAAUAAACAAUAAGCUUCCCUUUAAGAUACAAUAGUCUCUCCUCUGAGUUUCCAAAGGCAUUGGCCUCAGCUCCGCAAACAACAACACCCUUACGAAAAUCGAGAGUUCGUGGCAAACUUGCUGUAAAUUUGCCACUGAUAAUUUUCACAUGCAAAUGUAUGAAAUGCAGGGACUGAUUGCCGACCGGGCCAGUGCCCAGGGGCCCUUGACUGCCCGGGGGUGCCCUGGGCUUUAAGGAUGUGCAAUCUAAUUUGGUGAUCCCCUCAACGCCAUUAAUCUGCGGAUGAAAAAGGAAGAAUCUCGUAAUACAAGAUCUCGCACGUGAGGACAUGUCUGACAGGACGCGCAAGACAAUUCCCCAAAGUGUCUCGCUUUAUCUAAUCUCAUUUGCUGCUUUUGCUCGCUCAAACAGUGAUUCACAUGCAGCGGGUCCGUUGGUGAAGCCAUGUCUAAAGGUGAAGUUGAGCUUGUUAUGAAUCUUCUUAUAACAGGCAUACAAUCACAACAGACUUCCGGAAAUGGGAUUUAAUUUUUAUUUUUUUAUUAUUAAUACUUUAUUAUCAACAAUUAGAAUUUGUACAAGAGUCAUUUCCAUAUUACAACAAAUGAUCAUAUCACAUGCUUCAUAAU